GCAGUUGUGGAGAAGCAGAUACAAUUUGGCUCGUAUGAAAAAAGGCGCUCCUUGUAAGGAACAUUUCAUAAGAUCAAAUGGACUAUAUAAAUGCUUUUUUAAAGCUGUGAAGAUUAUGGGUUUCCAGUUUGUCUUCUCUUCACUGUCUUUGUGUGGAAGAAGAGGUGCAUGCUUUGCACCAGGCUGCAUGAACUAGGAUAGAUAUUGUUGUUUGGCCACGAGGAUAAUGAUUAUCAAAUUCAUUACAGUAACAACAGCACAGCGGUAGCUUCAUACUGGGAUCGAAUAUCAUUGAAGACUUUUACGCGCAGCCGCCGCUGGAUAAACAGUGCAACAGAAUUUGGUCAGGAUGGUUGCAGAGAUGGCGAGCUGUGGAGCUGCAACUUCCAAUGAAGACGGCAAUGGUGAUAUCCCUGCCCCUUAUGACCAAGACAACCAGACGGAAACUGACAGCACCAGUGCAGAGUCAUCCAGUGAAGAGAGUUCAGAGGAAGAGGACAACCAUGAAGACAGGAAGUUGAAGUCAGAAACCGAAGAAUGCUCUAAUCAAACAACUGCUGAUGGUUCAGCGGGUGAUGUUCUUUCUUCAAAAGCAAAUGGACACAAAGAAGAUCGAUCUCCCAAGUUUUGCUGUGAUAAAUGCAAGGCAAUACAACAGAGCCACGGAAAAGAACUUGUGACACCCAUAAGGAUAGCAAAGGGGAGAUUACAAGUGAAGCUGGAGGGAGAGGGCACAUAUGAAUGCACUGUGACUGGUCUGGUGUUUGAGGCAUCUGAACCAGUUGUGGUGCAGUACUCUGUCUUGUCCUGGACCAAAUUUGGAGAGUUUCUAACGGACUCCUGGAGGUUUGCUGGUCCCAUCUUUAAUGUGGACACAGUGAAUAAAGAUGCAUCUGUGCUGAAGUCUAUCCAAUUCCCGCACUCUGUUUGUCUUGCAGAUCCAGAUAGUGAUCGGAAGUUCAGUGUUCUGCACAUAAAGAAUCAGCUUCCUUACAUCGAGCCCACAGUGGACCACUCGGGCAGUCAUGUAAAGUGGCAUGUGACCUCCCUGUCCCCUGUGGGUCCCAUCAUUAAGACCAGCCAGCCAGUAGAGCACCACGGGGUCGUGCUCAUUUACAAACAGGUUGCCAUCAGCAACAACUGCCACAGCUUCCACAUCUAUCUGGCCACCAACAGCCCCUCUGACAUUAAGGACAUUCGUAGUCAAGUGCGUGGUUACAAGAACCGUUACAUCAGCAUUGAGAAACCUCCCACUUGUAAACUGGAUGAAGGCACUUACCGUCUUCUGUGUGAGCCAGAGGGAGAGAUCAAACCUCAGGAGCUGAAAUUCACCCUUGCUGUGACAAAAAUGAAGGGUUACUUUGAAGCUUUUUUUGAGCAGCCUCCUCCAUUUCAAAUGUCUCUUAUAGAGACGUCUACUGAUGCAAAAGUUUGGUCUGCUAUCAUCAGAGAAGGUGACUGUGUUGAUCCAGAAAAGAAGCCUCGAAAGAGAACAAUCAACCGACAGAGAAGCAGCAGUCCAUCUGAAGAAGAAACUAAUGGUAAAAAGUCACGAUAUGAGGAUGAGUCAGAUGGGGGUAAAACAACCAAGACUCUGGCCCAGGACAUGUCAGAGAAGCAGCUACUGCAGGUGGCCAAGCAGCUGGGGAAGGAGUGGAAGCAAGUGGCCAUAUAUUUGGGCUUGAGCUAUCGGGACCUGAAUGACAUUGAGACGGAAGAGAAAGACGUGACUAUGCAGAAGCUGAAGAUGCUGGUGGAGUGGAAGAGUAGGAGGGCCUCGGGACAGGCCACACCCUCCCAUCUUUGGAGUAGCAUCAAAGACCUGGACGACUUACCCCUUGAAUUCAUACAGAUGCUGGAAGGUAUGAUGGACUGUCACAAACAAAAAUAGGGUGUCAGUUGCUGGGACGUUACUGCUCCUCAAUCAGGGAUAAAACUCAGGAUGAAGAAAAAAAAGUUGGACCAAAUGUUUUCCUAUGUUCCAAUACGAAACAUGGUGUUAAUUUGAGUUUUAUACUUUUUGUACAAAUAUGUUUUUUGUAAGGACACUAGACUGACCAGUAAAAGGUACCUACCGAUAGGUACUGUUGGUAGAAAUGACCCAGCCACAGGGCAAGUCAUUUUGUAAGUAGCUAACUUUCUAGCCGCUUGUAUAUUGAAUUCUAAUUACUGUAGUGUUUUAAACUGCAAACCGUGAAAGCAAUUUUAUUUGUUUUUGUUGAUAUCGUCCAUUGUAAAAUACUCCGUGCCCUUCUCCAAUGCACAUAAUAUUUUAUACGUUUUUACAUCUCAAUCAUGUGGCAUUCCUGUGUUUGUGUCUUAAAUGUCUUUGGUAGGUGCAGCUCCGUGAGUAGUUACACAAUGUGUAACUUUGCUCUAAUGUGUCUUAAUCUCAGUGGAUCUUGUGGUGCUACAGCUGUCAAGUAGUUUUAGGUCUAGUGGUUCAGUUGUAAAUGAUAAAAUACAGUACAAGCAAAAUAUGUAUGUAUCAUGUAUGUCUUUUUAAUACAGAUACUUGUGUCUUUUCAUUUUCCUGUUCUAUAGGCUACACUCAGUAAACUGUAAACCUAUUUGGAAUAUGUUUCUUUUAGGUAUGUAUAAGGUAUAUUGUUUACAUCAGAACCACUGGUUCAUUCUCAUUGCACUAUAUCAGGUCAGUCCUUCCAGUUAUUGGUAAAAUAAAAUCUAUUGUUUUA